AAUACUAAAUAGUAAAUUUUGAAUUACGAUUACCUAAUUAUUAUUAAUUUUUCAUUUUUAAAACAGUUGACAAUAAAAUGAAUGGUAAUAUCAUAGUUUUUCAUUAUUUUACCUUUUUCUUGUGAAUCUGUGUGUAUAAUAAUAAUGUAUAAGGUAGUACCUAUUCCAUAGUUAAACUUGUUACCUAUUUUUUUUAAUCUCUAUAGUCUAUAAGUACCUAUUAUAAGUGAAUUAGUCAGUUAUGAAUUUAUGAUGCCUACCAAGAAAACAAUAACCAUAGUAAAUUUGGUAAGUUAAUUUAUUAUUAUAAAUAUUAUUUCUAGGAAUGCCACUUAUGGACGACUAUCCCAGACCUGACUUUUAGAUUAAAGAUAAAUAGAAUAUAAAUACUAGAUAAAAUGAACGAACAAGAAUGCAACCUUUGAUAAAUAAUUUCACUUGUACGAAGUUAUUUUCUUUGAUUAUAAAAAGUCAGCAAGAAAUUGAAAGUCUCUUCUCUAAUGUAUUAUAUAAAUUAAACAUUAUGAACAUAACUAUAAUCUAUGAAAAUGAAUUUGUCAAUGGUUGAACUAAAAAAUUCAAGUUCAUAAUAAAUAAGAAUUUAGUUCAUAUUCGGUUCAUUAAUUGAAAAUUGAACUUUUUCAUGUCCAUUUCACAGAAUAUGAAUGCGUUCUUUCCUAUCACUGAAUAUUGAUUAUAAUGAACAAUCAAUAUUGACUCCUGCUAAGAUUUUUCUAAAUAAGUUUGAUAAAAAAAAAUAUAUAUUUAUAUAAUAUAACGCUUAACACAAUUAUAUUUUGUUUAGAUUAAUUUAAAAUAUAAUCAAUUUUAUACCCAGCAUUCAUAUUGACAUAUUAUUAAUGACUAAAUUUGUAUUCCUUAUAUAUUAAGGGUUGUCAAUUAAAUAAUAAAACAAUAAUUCUAUUCACAAUAAAAAAAAAAAACAUUUUACCUUCACACCAAAGUUUAUAUAAUAUAUUAACACUAUUAAACACAUACAAGGGAAGGUACUGACCCAAAGUCUAUCACAUUCAGUGUAUUACCGAUUAUAAUUAUUAAUUGUAUAAACUAUUUAACCUUAAUGAAUGAAUUUUUUAUUCAAAUUUAAAAAUAAUUCUUACUCAGGUAGGUAAAUAUUUGAUUUCAUUUUGUUUAGUUCAUAAAAACUUAAAUGUAUACUGUAUAGAUAUUAGAAAGUAUCAACCAUAUAAUGCAUUUGUUAUGAUAAAUUAUAGACGAAUUCUAAGAAUACACACUUUAAAUUGUUUUUAAUAAUAAUGUUUUUAUGAUAAAUAUAAUGUUUAGGGUAUCAUUCUGUAUUUGUUUCUUUUUGUAACUUAAUAGGUAUCUUAAAAAUAUUUUUUUAUUUUAAUGUUUGCCAUUAUAUUAGGUAUACCUAUGUAAAUAUUAUUUGGUGUAAAAGAAAGAAUGAUUUAUUUUUAUUCUAUUCAUUUCUGUUUUCCUAGAUACCUAAUGAUUUUUUUAAAAUCUAAAGUUCUAUAACUUCAGUAAUAAAAAAAAUGUAUUUACCUAUUGUAGAUUUUAUUUAUUUAAACAAUUUAUAAGUAGUAUCAAUUUUUCAUUUGUAUUAUAAUGUUUGCAUACACCUUAGUUACUAAUUUGUUUAUUUAUUUUUUAAUGUAGAAAAUGUGUGCUUUUGUUAUUUAUAUUAAUACAAAUCAUUAUUUUCAGGGUCUUUUAUUAUUUACAGUAUUUGUUUGGUCUUAUGUUGUUGCUACUGCCCAGUUGAUUCAAGAACGAACAUCAUCUUGUAUUAAAUAAAUUAAUUGUGUCCAAUAUAUUUAUUUAUUUUUAGAAAAUCAUUUGGAUUAAAAAAAAAAUAAAAUGAACCCAAAAUCUGGAGACGAAUCAAUUGAUCAAAAAUCAUUGUUUGAUUUGUCAUAUAAAACAAAGAUAAAAGAAAUUAACGAUAUGUUCAUUAAUAUUGAAAAAAAAUGUAUCGAAAUUAAAGAUUUCCAAGAAAUUUUGAAUAAAAUUAAUGAACUUCAAGAGUUUGUCAACGAUUCUAAAACAUUUUUACCAGCUUAUAAUAUGAAAAAAUGUUCAACUGAAAUUAAAGACAUAACAAAGUGUUAUGAGCAAAUGCAUGAAAAAUUACUGCCUAAAAAGAAAUUUUCUUUUGGUAAACGACCAGUUAAAUUGGUAGUUAAAGCUAAGGUUGAAGACCAAUUUGAACCAAUAAAUGAAUCUAAAGUUUAUAAGGAAGAUUGCGGAUUCAGAAACCGUUCCAAUGAAAAUCUAAAACUUACAGAAGAAGAAACUUUGUCAAAGGAUAUAGCUCUAGAUGCAUUGAGCAAUUGCAAUGUCUUUAUUUGUGGUACACCCAGUACUGUGCGUGUGUCAUCAUUGUCUACUUGUAAAAUAUUUGCUUGUGUAAGUACAUCAAUUUUUGUUGAAAAUUGUAAAGACACCAUAUUUGUAUGUGCAUCUCAACAAUUACGUAUUCAUGAUACUGUUGCUACUGAUUUUUAUAUUUAUGUUACUAGUAGUGCAAUAAUUGAAAACUGUAAACAAUUACGGUUUGCUCCUAUUACACUCAAUAGCCCACUAAUAGAAAAAUCAUUUGAACUUACUGGUUUUGAUCAAUCUAAUAAUAAUUGGAAAGUUAUAAAUGACUUUGAUUGGUUGUCAUCAUAUGAGUCGUCACCAAAUUGGUGUGAAAUACCAGAAGAAGAACGUAAUCAACCAUUCAAAGAAAAUAAUGUUUAGGAUGUUAUACUUUGUUUAUAUUUUAUUAUAGUAUAUUAAUUAUAAUUUUAGAAGAAUUUGCACUCGAAAACUAAUUUAAAUUAAUUUUGUUAUUUAUUUACCCUACAAAUACAAUUUAGUUUUAAAUAUUAAUUUUACAAUUAAUUAUACAAAUAACUAGAGUACUGUAAUAUUAGUAUUUAAGAUGUUUAAAAAAAAUUACCUACAGUAAUAUAUUUUUAUUUUAUUUUAAAUACCUUGUAUUUUAUUUUAUUUUAUUAUAAAUAAUAAAUAAUUUACAUUAGAAUUCCAAUAAUAUUACCUUUUAGAUUUCAGGUCUUAAUAAAUAAUUGAAGGUUGUGCAAUCUGUUAUAAUGAUAUAAGUACCAUUUAAAAUUGUGUUAUUUAUUGCUUGUACCAUUAAGAUACCAUUAACUAAUAAGCUAUUCAAUAAAUACUUCAAUAAUUGAGAAAUAAUAUACCAUGAAAAUACAUUUUGGCUAAUAAUAACUUGUAAUUUGGUAUAAAAUGGAUAACAUAGUUUAACAAAAAUAGAAUAAAUUAAAAUUUGAACAUAACAAUGAUAUUAAAGCAAAUCUUUUUUAUAUUACAGCAAUUUUUUUUGAAAAUAAAAUAAUCCCAUAACCAGUCUUUUGAUAUAUAUAUAAAAUAAAAAUUAUUUUUUCUUAAACUUUUUCAACCAUCACAGCAAUACCUUGACCUCCACCAAUACAAGCAGAUCCGAUUCCAUAAUUAAGAUUCUUGCGCCUAAAAC